AUGAAAAGCCCUCUAAAUUGUGCCCUAUUGGGUCUAGGGCUAUCCAGCCUCACUCUCGCCGCCGCUGUACAACGCGACGUCGAAGUCCUCCGCUUCUCCAACCCCGUCGACGUAACACCCGACUCAUUGCACAACAUCCACGUGGAGAUCGUCGAUAAAACCUUCGAGGGGCACCUGCGGCUUGUAUACGGUGACUGCGACAUCGGGCACGCCAGUAAAGGACACCACGACAUCGGAAACGUACUCAUCAAGCGAGAUGCGCACCCGGAACGACUUGUUUGGAUUACCCCGUCAGAUGCACCACAUUUACAAUGCUUACAUGCAUUCUCGGAGUCCAUUCUGGUCGGCCGCUCGUCGCCUAUUAGCGUGGCUAUACCGGUCAACAAGCGCGAGAGCCUCGCGGACCUGGCCGACAUGGAAGGGCCUUGGUUCGAUGGAGUAGCGUACAUGAAGUCCAAACAACAAGAUGCUGCCGUCGUUUCCAAAGCGAAGAAUACCUCCGUCGCUAUUAUCGGUGGCGGAAUGUCCGGCCUUAUGACAAGUCACCUCCUCGAAUCUGUUGGUAUCCACGACUGGCACAUUAUGGAGUCGUCGGAGCGGAUCGGUGGUCGCAUUCGCACCAGGUAUCUCAACAACUCAUCGCCCGAGGAUUACACGUACCAGGAGAUGGGACCGAUGCGGUUUCCUGUUAGCAUUACGUACGCUGAUACGAAUGAGACGCUGCAGAUUAUGGACCAUCGGAUGGUGUUUCAGUUGGCAGGUGUGUUGAACAAGAUGAACACCAAGGCAAACAAGACGGAUCUGCAGGUAAACUUCAUUCCCUGGAUCCAGAGCAGCCCAAAUGUCCCCGCGGAUAGCGGUGGUGUUCGUCUCCCUGAUGGCCGGAUACCGAGUGCAGCGGAUGUUGCUGCUAACUCAUCGCUUGUGUAUACGGCAGCGUCGUCGAAUGCGACAGCUGCUGACGAUGCAGAGGCCGCAGUUGACGACUACACGGGCAUGAGCAACCGGAGCACGAUCCGCAACUUUGCAUCGAACAUGUAUAAGAUGCACAAACACGCCGUUGACAACGGCCUGUUCCACUGGUCUGAGGCCGGGUACUUGCGGUACGCACUGGGUUACGACCCAAAUAUCUCAGACUAUGUAGCUGGAACGACGGACACACCGAUGUGGCUAUACGAAGAUGUCUACUUCGCCGCGACAGAAUGGCGCACCAUCGACAAGGGACUCGAAUCUCUCCCGCGAGCCUUCUACCCCCACGUCUCCGAUAGACUGACCCUAAACCGCACAAUUGACGGCCUCGUCUACAACGAGACAUCCGGGAAGAUUGCAGUCGCAUGGCGUGAUGAUUCCCUGUCUAUGACACCCAUCACGAAGGAAUAUGACUACGCCGUCGUCGCCGCGCCAUUCAGCAAAGUCCGUCUCUGGUCCCUGCCCCAAUAUUCAUCAUUGCUCAGCCGCGCAGUCUCAACCCUGAACUACGGCCAAUCGUGCAAAAUGGCACUCAUGUACAAAACCCGCUUCUGGGAGCACCUCCCCGAACCCAUCUACGGCGGCUGUGGCACCGUCGACGUCGCCGGCGUCGGAAACGUCUGCUACCCGUCCUACAAAAUGAACAGCACAGGCCGCGGCGUAAUCCUCGCCUCCUACAUUUCCGGCACAGAAGCGCGCUCGAUAGCCGCCCUAUCAGAUGAAGAACACGUCGCGCUAAUCCAGCGCACAAUGGUCGAAGUCCACGGCCCCGUCGCCGCGGAGCAAUUCACCGGUAUCUACGAUCGACAAUGCUGGGAGGUUGAUCGCCACCAGGCUGGUGCGUGGGCAUCUCCGCUUAUCGGGCAACAGGAUUUGUAUUUGCCUGCUUAUUAUCAGACGGAGUAUAAGAGUAUUUUUAUCGGGGAGCAUACGAGUUAUACGCAUGCUUGGAUUUUUUCGGCGUUGGAUUCGGCGGUUAGAGGGACAGUCCAGUUGUUACUGGAUUUGGGGUUGGUGGAUGAGGCGAAGGGAAUUGUGGAGGAGUGGAUGGGCAGGUGGAUUAAGCUGUAA